AUGGAUAGCAUUAGAGAAAGACUUUUACAAUUGGACUAGCAAGCCUAACAAUUCUAACAAUAAAAUAAAUACUUAGAAGCUUUGAAUGUUUUUGAGGAGAUGCUGAUGAUAAAGAAGUCUGCAUAUGGUGAGGAUUCUGAAGAAUAUUUCAAAACUAGUGAUAAAUUGUGUGAAUUAUGUAACUUAAUAGCUAUGAUUUUCUUACAAAAAGAAAAAUUCGAUGCUUCAUUAGAGUUUUUAAAGAAGGCAGACCUAUUAGCAUAAUCUAGUACUAGAUAUAAAGCGAUAACCUACAACAAUUUGGCUUGUUUCUACAGAAGAAAUGGGAAACUCAGAAGUGCUCUGUAAUAUUUGUAAUAAGCAUUGGAAAUAGAAAUUAGACAGGAAGCCGCACCAUCUUUGGCUGACACCCAUUUAAAUAUGUGUGCUGUCCUAUCAUAAUUAAAUAGAGUAAGGAAUGUUAUAUAAUAGCACGCUGAAGCAUUGGAACAUGCUUUGAUAUCAGUAGUAUUAUUAUAAGAUGAAUUUUUAAUGAAACCACCAGAUUAAAAAAUGGAACAAAGUUAAAAUUAGGAUUAAAAAUCAGGAGAGCAAAAGAUGAAAGAUAGAGUUGCAGUCUUAGCAAUAGCUUAUCAUAAUUUAGGUGUUGAAUUUGAAUAUUUGAAGAGAUUCGAUGAGGCGAUUUAAACCUAUUAAAAGGCAGUCAAAUUUGGUGAACUACACCUCCCAUCCGAUCAUUAAUUAAUUGGAAACUUAAAAAAUGUUUUAGGAAAUGCUCAGGAAUAAAUUAACUAAUAAAGAGCAAAGGAUAGUAAUAAAAGAUAAUAGAAAGAAUUAUAAAGUAGAAAUCAAAAUAAAAGAAAAUUGGUAGAAGUUGAAGCCACAUACAAACAGAAUAAUAAAAAGAAGACUGAAAAGGGUGGUUAGCAAUAAUAACAAUAAGUAAUGGGUUAGACGAUGCGUUCUAAUCCAUAAAAUAAUAGUGUUAAUAUCAAAGAAGAUGAUCAAGAAUAAUAAGGAAGCGAUCAAUAAGAAUCCAGCUACAAUGAACAUGAUGAAUUAAAAUAAGAGGCUUAAAUAUAAUUAUAAUAGCAAUUAUCAUAUUGUUUAUAUAUUCAUUUUCAUAUAUAUAUAAUUAUUUAUUGUUAUUUUUAGGUGAAAUAAUAAUAAUAAUCAGAAUAAUACAUAAUUAAACUUAAGACUGAAAUAGAUGAUAUCAAAUUCUUGAUCAAUAAAGCAAUAAAUUAGUAUUACAAAUCUCUCAUCGUCAGAAAAUCGAAACUAAUUUGUUUAAUUAGAGUAGUAAUUAAAGUCUGA